AUGGCUUUAAAUCGUGAAGUAUUAGUAAAAAAAGCGUCUAAACGUGAUCCCGAAAUAGAAAAGAAAACACAAGAAUGGAUUGAGGCUGUUACUGGAGAAAAAUUUGCAGAUGGCUCGUAUGAAGAUGCGUUGAGAGAUGGCAUUCUUCUUUGCAAAUUAAUGAAUACUUUACAACCGGGUUCUAUACCAAAGAUUCAUACGACUGGUGGUCCAAUGAAACUGCGAGAAAAUAUUGGUCUAUUUCAAGAGGCGGCAAGAAAAUAUGGUCUCGACGGUAAUGAAGUAUUUCAGACUGUCGAUUUAUAUGAUAAACGUGAUAUUCCACAAGUAACGCUCUGCAUUAAUGCCUUAGGACGUCUUGCUCAAAAAAAUAAGUUCUCUGGUGCUCAGCUUGCUCAUAACUAA